AUGGAGACCGAAAGUGAGCAGAACUCCAGCUCUACCAGCGGGAGCUCCAGUUCUGGAGGAAGCACCCGUCCUCAGAUAUCACAGAUGUCUCUCUAUGAGCGACAGGCAGUACAGGCCUUGCAGGCACUCCAGAGACAGCCCAAUGCAGCCCAGUACUUUCACCAGUUUAUGCUCCAGCAGCAACUUAACAGCGCCCAGCUUCACAGCCUGGCUGCCGUCCAGCAGGCUACAAUUGCAGCCAGUAGACAGGCCAGCUCCCCCAACACCAGCACCCCGCAACAAACCACCACCACCCAGGCCUCUAUCAACCUAGCCACCACAUCAGCUGCUCAGCUGAUCAGUCGGUCACAGAGCGUGAGUUCCCCCAGCGCCACAACCCUGACGCAGUCUGUGCUCCUUGGGAAUACCACCUCACCGCCUCUCAACCAGUCACAGGCCCAGAUGUAUCUCCGGCCACAGCUGGGGAACCUGUUACAGGUAAACCGGACCUUGGGCCGCAAUGUGCCUCUUGCCUCCCAACUCAUCCUGAUGCCCAACGGGGCUGUGGCCGCUGUCCAGCAGGAGGUACCACCCACUCAGUCUCCUGGGGUCCAUGCAGACACAGACCAGGUGCAGAACUUGGCUGUGAGGAGCCAGCAGACCUCGGCCACGAAUGCCCCUCUCCAGGGCUCUGCUCAGAAGGCAGCUCUGCCAGGAAGCUCCCAGGCUUCAGGCUUACCCCAGGCCACCAGCACCGGCCAGACCUUGGCAGUGGCUCAGGCCUCCUCUGGCAGCGCAGGCCAGUCCCUCAACUUGAGCCAGGGGGCAGCAGGCAGCAAUGGUGUCUCUGGGGGUGUGGUGGCAAGUGGUGGGAGCCAGACCUCAACGGGAUUGAGCCAGACCUCCUCAGCGGGCGCCGCUGGCAGUUGCCAAAGGAAAGGCACAGGGGUGGUUCAGCCAUUACCGGUAGCAGCUGCCCAGGCCGUGACCGUCAGCCAGGGAAGCCAGACGGAGACAGAGAGUGCAGCCACAAAGAAGGGUGAAACGGACAGCGGUGGGCAGCAAACGGUGGGCAUGAACCUGACUAGGACUGCUACACCAGCACCCAGCCAGACGUUGAUCAGCUCAGCUACAUAUACACAGAUCCAGCCACACUCGCUGAUCCAGCAGCAGCAGCAGAUCCACCUGCAGAAGCAGGUGGUGAUCCAGCAGCAGAUCGCCAUUCAUCACCAGCAGCAGUUCCAGCACCACCAGUCCCAACUCCUCCAUACAGCCACCCAUCUCCAGCUGGCCCAACAGCAGCAACAGCAGCAAGCACCAUCUCUGACCCAACAGCAACAGCAAGCUCAACCUCCGCAGCAGCAGGCUCCACCUCAAAACCAGCAGCAGGCUCAGACCCUUGUGGUACAACCUAUGUUGCAGUCCCAGCCACAGCCUGUGCAGCUCCAGCAGGACAGUUCUUGCCAGCCAGCCACCAAAUCACCUGUUCCAAUUCAGUCAAAAUCUCUGGUCACCCCUAUCAAACCACCUCAGCUUGGGCCUGCCAAAAUGUCAGCAACACAGCAGCCUCCCCCACACAUCCCAGUGCAGGUGGUGGGUACUCGGCAGCAGGGCUCAGGCCAAGCCCAAGCACUGGGUUUGGCUCAGAUUGCUGCAGCAGUACCGACAUCCCGGGGAAUGCCAGCAGUGGUCCAGCCCGUUUCCCAAGCCCAUGCUGCUUCCCCAUCAUCGUCUUCAGCUCCAGCAUCCUCACAGGAAACUCCUUCGCUCACCACAGGGGUGAAUUUGGCACAAGUUCAAGGCACAGCCCACAUGGUGAAGAGCCCAGCCUCCUCUCCAGUUGUGGCUCAGAUGCCAGCAGCAUUCUACAUGCAGUCUGUCCAGUUGCCAGGCAAGUCUCAGACCUUAGCAGUUAAGCGCAAGGCAGAGUCAGAGGAGGAAAAGGAGGAAUCACCCAGUGUCACUGCACUCCUGCCUGCCAGGUCCUCUCCUGUGACAGACAGCCCCAAAAACAUGGAGGAGAAGAGUGCCCUUGGAGAUAAAUCUGAUCCUGCUGCCAUUGGAACCCCAAAUACCACCUCAAGUGAAGGAACAUCAGUCACCCCCACGUCUGCUCCUACCCCAAACCUGGCCAUGGUGUCACGUCAGAUGGGAGACUCCAAACCUCCACAAGCCAUUGUCAAGCCUCAGAUCCUCACACAUAUCAUUGAGGGCUUUGUCAUCCAGGAAGGAGCAGAGCCCUUCCCGGUGGGUUGUUCUCAGCUGCUGAAAGAAUCUGAGAAACCGCUGCAGGGAGAGGCUCCUGGCCAGAGUGAAAACCUGUCCAGCAAUUCCCCGGGAGGUGACAGUGCUUCUAUGGAGCUUGAUAAGAAGGCAAACUUGCUGAAGUGUGAAUACUGUGGAAAGUAUGCCCCAGCAACCCAGUUCCGUGGCUCCAAGAGGUUUUGUUCCAUGACCUGUGCUAAAAGGUACAAUGUCAGCUGCAGCCAUCAGUUUCGGCUGCAGAGAAAGAAGAUGAAGGAAUUCCAGGAAGCUAACUACGCUCGUGUGCGCCGACGGGGACCACGACGCAGCAGCUCUGAAAUUGCUCGAACAAAGAUCCAGGGCAAGCGCCACAGGGGCCAGGAAGACUCAAGUCGAGGCUCUGAUAACUCUAGCUAUGAUGAAGCUUUGUCCCCUACAUCGCCAGGACCUCUGUCAGUAAGGGCCAGUCAUGGAGAGAGGGACCUGGCAAACUCUAGUAUGGCCCCACCUACCCCAGAUCUACAUGGCAUCAACCCAGUCUUCCUGUCCAGCAAUCCCAGUCGUUGGAGUGUGGAGGAAGUGUACGAGUUCAUUGCAUCACUGCAAGGGUGCCAGGAGAUUGCUGAGGAGUUUCGGUCACAGGAAAUUGAUGGCCAGGCCCUGUUACUUCUGAAGGAGGAACACCUCAUGAGUGCCAUGAACAUCAAGCUGGGACCAGCUCUCAAGAUCUGUGCCAAGAUCAAUGUCCUCAAGGAGACCUAACAGCUCUGAAGCCAGAGGUCUCGUUUUUGCUCUGACCCUAGGGCAGCUGCCAGCUUUGGAGCAUCCUAUUGGGGUGGGGAAGAAUAGGACAGUCCCCUGUGGUCUUGCAUUCAAGAAUGAGAAGGAAUUUAACUGGUUGAAACUGCCAUGCACAAGCUCAUGUCUUGG